CCGUCUUCCCGCUUUCGCCUCCGUGAGUUUUCACAAAUGAUUUUGCCGCCCGUCUUCCCGCUUUCGCCUUCCCCCCUCUCUCAUGGCCGACUCAUCCUUUUCCGCCCCCGUUCCUUCCGAACCGAGUGACAGCGACUCAGAAGACGGCGAGUACAACCCUCAAAGGACCACCAGACGACUCGUCACUAGGGCCAGUAGCGGAAGUACUAGGAGGAGCAACAGGAGGAGGAGGAGGAGGACCGCCAGUCCCGUCCCUCGCUCUCCUGAUGUCGACGAGACGCAAGAGUUCGAGGAGGGAGGAGAUCGCCAACCCAUCGUCAACGUCGAGAGCGAAAAAGAUGAGGGAAAAGAUGAAGGAGAUCAAGGUCGCAACGGAGGGAAACCGAGCGUUGGCUUCGAGGACACGAGCAUGGAUGAUUUGGGUGUCUGCCGUUGCCCAAUUUGCAUGGAAUACUGGUCGUCCACGGGCACUCAUCGCGUCUGUUGCCUUCCCUGCGGUCACUUGUAUGGAAGAUCCUGCAUCAACAGAUGGAUUGAUCAGUGCGGAAGAAACAAUAGCAGUUGUCCCCAGUGCAAGACAAAGUGCAAAGCACAAGAUAUUAGAAACCUAUAUGCACAGAAAAUAGCAGCUGUUGAUGAAGAGCUGCAGCAGGAGGUCAUAUCACUUCGAGCUGAAAAUGAAGUUCUGAAAGUAGAGAAAAAGAAAUUGCUGGAGGAAGUUUAUCAACUUAAGAACAUUUCUAAUCCAAGCAUAAUAUACUUGGAAGGAACAAAAAGGAAGCACAUCUUAUAUACUUUGGAAGGACGUCAGAUGCAAACUCAUAUUGACCAGUACUUUGGAUCAGAAAACAUCCAAAGGUCAUUCGAUGCUUCCAGUUGCCACUUCUUGUUGCAGAAUGAGUUGGUGCUGGAUGGAGCAAGGGUUUUUGACAUGGACGCCCACUGUCAAAUGAUGGUUGUUUCAUCAAAGGCCUCUGUUGCUCGGGGGGAUCAUAUUCUUAAAAAGCUAAGUCUGUUAGUUUCAUCAGAGCAAGACCUUUUGCAUCUUCCUGCAAACACCGGUGCUGUCAAAGAUCUCCAUAUUUCUCCUCAAUCAACUAACUUUCCUGGUAGACUCAUACUCCUGGCUUCACUAGGGAAGAAACUUUCAGUUGUCAGCUUGGAGAACAACAAUGCUGUUGUAACAUACAACUUACAGGCUCCUGCUUGGUCAUGUGCAUGGGAUUUGAACGAUUCUAAUUAUGUUUACGCUGGACUACAGAAUGGGCUGCUCCUGAUUUUUGAUUUGCGCCGGACCAUGCAUCCUGUGCAAACAGUAGGUGGUCUAUCUUCUCAUCCAGUGCAUACAGUCCAUUCGAUUGGUUCACAAGGGUUGUUUAGUGGAAACUCAGGGGAUAAGAUGUUUCUCAGCGCUUCUGCUGUUGGUCCAUGCAUAUGCAGUCCUGGCAAUCUUGACAACUGGUCAGGAGUUGUCCCUGGGUUGGAGGACCAGGGUGUAUGUAUAUCACUUGCACAUUGUAGCCUGAGCAAUGACAUUGUUGCUUCUUUUCGGCCAAAAAUAUCAGCCACAGAUGAAGGGUUGAGUUCACAAUCUUCUGCACCACCUUUAACCUCAAUCUCCGAGCCUGUGAAAUCUGGCCGCCAUUUUCUAAUCAAGAAAAACAAUGCUGGUGUGUAUUCUGUGGAUGGGUGCUUCACUGGGAAUGUCAGUGGUCUCCGUUUGCCCAAGUCGGCCAUCAUAGGUUUGGCUAAUAACAAGUCACUAUUCACUUACGGAGAUGAAACAAGAUGUUGUUUGGGUGUAUGGGACUUGCAACGCUUGAAUUUUGUUUCGUUCCUUAGACCUCACCAGCAACCAAUACUUGAUGUAAAGUAUGCCCGUUCCACUGGCGCUGGCUUACUUGGUUGUAUAAGUGAUAGCAUGUUUCAGCUUUAUACCUGCUAUUGAAUGUUAGUGGUUGUAUAAGCCAGCAUGCUGUGAAACUGUAUUUAUGGUUCAUGGUUAAUUCCAUUUUUUUCUCCUGAUAACUGUGCCGCUAAAGCUUCUGAUGAUAUGCUGUAAUUCUGUGGAUUCUUGCUUCAGACAUGAGUGUGUAGACAGAUUUGGUUUGGGUUGAACCUUACCAUAUUGAAGACCACAGAUCUGAAAUGAUAUAUUGAAGCGAGACUCAGGUUUGGAAUCUGAAACGAUUUAAA